AUGGUUCAGAAAGAGAUGGAAGCAAAACAAAAGUGUGAAUGUAAAUACAGUGAAAAUAAAAAUCAUCAUACAAAGUGUGGUACAAGGGGUAAAUGUAUCUGCUGCCCCUCCUGUUGCGCUCUUUGUAAACCCCUGCCUGGCAAGAAACCCUGCGGUGUAUGCCAAAAAAUCUGGCAAGAACACAAUUGCAACGUGCCCAAAUGUGACGAAUGUCCACUGUAUUACAAAAAUGGUUGUGAAAAUUGUAAGCCGAAGGUAGGCAUCACUGCCUUUUGCCUAACCGUUUUAUUCCUACUACUCAUUGUAGCCGUCAUGUAUUUCUUCGCUUGGAAAUCGGAUCCAGGUUUCAAGCAGUUGCGUGACUAUUUAAAUAAUGGGAAGGACUUGUCACAAUUUAAGCAGUAG